UCCAAGUGAGCACAAUUCGAUAUGAUGAAGCAGCAGAAGCAACAGACCUGGUUGAGCACAUUGCUGCUGCUGGCCUGUGCCGGCGCCUGGCUGAGUCUCGUCCAUGCCGAGGAGGAGGAGGAGGCGGCCUCCAUGACGCUGAACGAAGUGGUCGAGCUGGUGGAGCCCUUCGGCCAGGGCUGUGACCCCAAGCCGGAGCGCGGCGACAUCGAGGAGAUGGUGCUGAACAAGGAGGAUGCCUCGCAUGAGAGCAAAUGCUUCCGUCGCUGCAUGCUGCAGCAGUUCGAGGUAAUGCCCGAGGGCAAGACCGAGUUCAACGAGUGGAAAACCUUGGAUAUGAUGAAUAUGAUGUUCUCCGACAAGCAGUCCGACUCCAAGCUCAUUGUCAACAAAUGCAAUCGGGCCGGCAGCGGUCAAAGCGACGAGUGCGAGGUGGCCCACAGCAUCUCCAUGUGCAUGCUGAGCGAGAUGCGCGACGCCGGCUACAAGAUACCCGACGUCAAGGAGUAGACGCGUCCAAUCCUAAUUCUUACGCCUGGCCUUUUGCUUAUCAGCAUGUUUGUGUUGUUGUGUUUUCUUUUUCUUUUUUCGAUAUUUGUUUAACUCUUGGCACACGCACGCCCUAACUUAAUUCAAUUCAAUUAGUAAUCAUUUAUAGAGUUCGCGGUCCCGGUUCCUGGACAUGCACAAGCGAAUAAAGCGAGCAGCCGCAGCAGCAGUAAAGCCUA